CAGUAGUGAAUAUGUCUUUCUUUAAGUACAUGUUCACCAUUUGUACACGUGAAUCCGUUUACACCGCGCGUGCAAACCGUCCCUUGUACCACUUGAAUCAUGUGGAUGAAAGAAAGUUUUCUAGGGGGUCAAGUUUGAUUUUCACCUCUGCAAUGAUGAAACAAACUGGUUUGUGAUCGAUCAGGACCCAGAGCUGCCUGUCCUGAUGGCGGAGCGCUUCUAUGUCGGGGUGGACGUGGGGACCGGCAGCGUGAGGGCCGCUCUGGUGACCGCGGACGGCCGGGUGAGGUGCACCGCGGAGGAGCCCAUCAGCAUCUGGAAGCCGGAGCCGGAGCACUUCGUCCAGUCCUCCACUGAGAUAUGGCAGAAGUGCUGCGCAGUUGUCAAAAAAGUCACCCAAGGCGUGCAAAGGGAGCAGGUUCGGGGAAUAGGCUUUGAUGCUACCUGCUCUCUCGUGGUUUUGGACAAAAGCUUCCAGCCUUUGGCAGUCAAUCAGGAGGGCGAUACACAGAGGAACAUAGUGAUGUGGAUGGACCAUCGCGCCGCCGAGCAGGCGACUCGAAUAACAAACAGCGGCCACGAGGUCCUGAGGAGGGUUGGAGGGGUCAUGUCACAGGAGAUGCAACCCCCUAAGCUGCUGUGGCUGAAGGAGAAUCUGAAGGAGAGUUGUUGGGACAAAGCUGCUCACUUUUUUGACCUGCCAGACUUUUUGUCCUGGAAAGCAACCGGUUUAUUAACAAGAUCUUUAUGCACUCUUGUGUGUAAAUGGACGUACUGUCCCCCACACGGAUGGGACGCCACUUUUUGGACCAGCAUCGGCCUGGAGGAACUUCUGGAAAACAACUUCUCCAAAAUAGGCAGUGAAACUUGUCCUCCUGGAAGCUCCCUGGGCGAAGGCCUGACUCUGGAAGCCGCAGCAGAUUUGGGUUUGAACCCCGGAACCGCAGUGGGUGCUUCUCUCAUUGAUGCGCACGCCGGAGGCCUAGGGGUGAUAGGUGCAGACGUGAAGGGGUUUGAUUUGCCCUGCGAGCAGCGCUCAAUCUCCUCGCGCAUGGCGAUGAUCUGUGGGACGUCAACUUGUCACAUGGCGAUCAGCGAGACGCCGCUGUUUGUGCCGGGAGUGUGGGGGCCCUACCUGUCUGCCAUGGUGCCGGGUCUGUGGCUAAACGAGGGGGGGCAGAGCGCCACUGGGCGACUGAUCGACCACGUGGUGAAGGGUCACGCCGUGUUCACGCAGCUUCAGCAAAGCGUUCCUUUCGCCGGAGAGAACAUCUACUCGUACCUGAACAGCCACUUGGGUCAGAUGACCAAGUCGGGGUCGCCGGUGGAUCUGCUGACCUCCAGCCUUCAUGUGUGGCCGGAUUUCCACGGCAACAGGUCGCCGCUCGCUGACCCCACGUUGAAAGGCAUGGUGAUAGGACUGUCUCUCUCCCAAACCUUGGACGACUUGGCGCUGCUUUACUUAGCCACCAUCCAAGCCCUCGCUCUUGGUACGCUUCAUAUUCUGGAUGCCAUGAAGAAGGCGGGACAUGACAUCAGCACCCUCUUCCUUUGUGGAGGCUUGAGUAAAAACGCCCUCUUUGUGCAGACUCACGCCAACGCCACAGGGCUGCCUGUGGUGUUGCCAGACCAGACCGAGGCGGUUCUGGUGGGAGCGGCAGUCUUGGGAGCAUGUGCGUCACGUGACUACAGCACCCUGCAGGAGGCUAUGGGGAAAAUGGCUAAAGUGGGGAGAGUGGUUCAGCCUGAACGAGAGCUUCAAAGUUUCUACGAGCGAAAGUACAAAGUGUUUCUGCGUCUGGUCUCCCACCAGAGGGAGUACCAGGCCCUCAUGGAGAACAUGUCACAAUGACAACGCUCUGGAAUUCAAACCGGGGAGUCUUAAACCGUCAUUUUAUUUACCGGUAAUUUUUUUAAAUGACAAUAAACAUUUUUGUUUGACUCCC